AUGGCUGCUGUGUAUUUGAGCAUUUGUAGGAUGUUGGAGACAAACACAACAUCAGUGUUGCUGGAAGAGAACGCCAGUAAGAUAAAGUCGGAUGAUGUGGGAUGGGAGUAUGGGAGUCUAGCCGAUCUUUCCAACAAGGACAAAGUGAAGUGUUUGUUUUGUAACCAUGUGAUCAUUGGAGGUGUUUAUCGUCACAAGCAGCAUGUGGCUCACGUUGGUAAUUUUGUGGCUAAAUGCAAGAAAAGCUCACAGGAAGCUAAAGAUAGGUGCAAGAAAUCUCUUGAGGAGGCAUCUAAGAAGAGGAUGGAAAAGACUUCCCGUGAGCUGGAGCUCAGAGAAGGCGUGAAUAUUUCUCGUGUUGGAGAUGCUUAA